CCCUCCCUGGUGAUGAUUUUAUAAUCAAGGCAUAAAGUGAGGGGUGUGGUAAUUGCCCUGCGUAGGUGUGGAUUCUCACUGCUUCUCCCAGCCCAUCCAAGAUUCCUCAGUCUGGGAGCAGCAUAGGAGAGGAGCCAGCCACUGAGGACUCUUAGGAACGGCAUGGAGAGCAAAUGGAGUGGCUUGGUGCUGAUCAUUUCUGUGUGCCUGGGCUCCUACCAAGCCGGGGCCAGCCCCCUCCACGAGUGUGGCGAGCGGCCGGAGGACUGGUGCCGCGACGCGGCCACCGCGGCCAAGUGCGGGGCGCUGGAGCUCUGCCGGCUCACGGCGUGGGACCGGGCGCUGGGGAAGGGGAUCCCCUGUCACCUGUGCCAGGUGGCAGUCUCUGUGGUGGGCAAGAUCCUGCAGGACAACCGCACUGAGGAGAAGCUGAGGCUCUUCUUGGAUAAGAGAUGCCAGUACCUGCCCUUCCAGGACUGGUCUGUCAAGUGCAAGAGGAUGGUGGACACGGGCAUCCUCGUCCUUGUCCAGCUGGGCAAGCAAGUGCUGUCAGAACCGAAGGUGGUGUGUGGGACCAUCAAGUUGUGCCAGCGCCGGAACAGACCCACGGGGACCUUGAAGUAUCAGCAGCCACCACCAGCUGCCACAGGCCCCACCCAGGACUUUGCUGACCUCAUUGCCCCCUUCAUGGCCAACGUGCCCCUCCUGCUCCAUCCCCAGGAUCUGCCUCACAGCGAGGCCCAGGAGAUGGAGGAGGUGUGCGGGCACUGCCUGCAGCUGGUGACGGCCGUGCAGCAGGCGCUGGGGACCAACACUGCCUUCACCUGGGCACUGGUGGGCCACGCCAAGAGGGUCUGUGAGACCCUGACACCCGACCUGGCACAGCGGUGCAAGCGCUCCCUGGCCGAGUACGUGGACACGGCUGCCCAGCUGCUGCACUACCUGCAGGCUGAGGCCCCAACGGAGCUGUGUGGCCAGCUGGGACUUUGUGCCUCCAACUCAGCGCUGCCCCUCCACACGCUGCUCACAGAGAGGUUGAUGCAGGCCCUGAGCAUGCUGGGGGACAGGGUGUGGAGCACUCCGCUGUGUGACAUGUGCCAGUUCACCGUGAAGACAGUCGAGAGCCUCCUGGAGAACAACGUGACAGAGGAGCAGCUGGUGAAUGACAUCGAGAAGGUGUGCUACAUGCUGCCCCACGGCGUCAUCGGGCAGUGCAAGGACUUCGUCAACUCCUACGGCAAGGCCGUGGUGAUCAUGCUGCUGGAGGCCACCGACCCCGCGGCCGUCUGCACCAUGGUGCGCUGCUGCCCCCGCAGCGGGGACACCCGGCACGGGGCCGAAUCCCCGGAGCAGCUGGCGGUGAGCGCCGGCGCCUUCUGCAACGUCUGCCAGAUCCUCGUCACCUACUUCGACAACGAGCUGCUGAAGAACAAGACGCUGGAGGAGCUGGGCGAGGUGCUGGAGAAGGGCUGCGCCAUGCUGCCCAUGCCGCUCACCAGCAAGUGCCAGGCGCUCGUGUUGCAGUACGAGCCGGCGGCCGUGCGGCUCUUCGUGCAGAUGAUGGACCCCACCUUCGUCUGCACUAAAAUCAAAGCCUGUGACUCAGGCAAGGAGGAUCUCCUGGGCUCGGCCCCCUGUGUCUGGGGCCCGCAGUACUGGUGCAAGAACAUGGCCACGGCGGUCGAGUGCAGUGCCGUCGCACACUGCCGGCGCCACGUGUGGAACUAGGAGCCAUCUCCCCAGCUGGCUGGACUUGCUCUGCCGUUUGGCUGGGGAUCCUGGCUCCCUUCCCUGGGACGUGCCUGCACUCACAGACGGCAAUGGCAGGAGCCAACCGGCCUCGUCGCGCCGGCGGGGCUGCGGGGAACC